CUCAUGUUUCCAUCCUCGAAAGCAGCCAAACUGCUUCCCAGUCCAAGGAUGAGUCCACUCACUCCUCCUCCUUAAAUAUCCCGUCUUACUCGCUCUCGCCUCUCUCCCGGUCUGUCCUGCUCCUGUUCCCUUUUCUCUUCUCUUCCCCAAUCCUCUUCCCUCCCCUCCCUCACUCCAGUUCUCUCUUUCCCCCGCCCUCUCCAUCCAUCUCAAUUGUCCUCCAUCAUCAUGUCUGCUGGUUCAGUUCUCGUCACUGGUGGCACGGGCUACAUUGGCUCCUUCACCACCCUUGCCUUGUUGCAGGCUGGCUACAAGGUCGUUGUCGCUGACAACCUCUACAACUCCUCCGCCGAGGCUCUCAACCGCAUUGAGUUGAUCUGCGGCAAGAAGCCCGAGUUCGCCCAGCUCGAUGUCACCGACGAGGCUGCUUUCGACAAGGUCUUCCAGGCCCACCCCGACAUUGACAGCGUCAUCCACUUCGCUGCUCUCAAGGCUGUCGGAGAGUCCGGUGAGAAGCCGCUGGACUACUGGCACGUCAACGUCUACGGCACCAUCUGCCUUCUCCGCUCCAUGGUCCGCAACAACGUCACCAACAUCGUCUUCUCCAGCUCCGCCACCGUCUACGGCGAUGCCACUCGCUUCCCCAACAUGAUCCCCAUCCCCGAGGACUGCCCUCUGGGUCCCACCAACCCCUACGGCAACACCAAGUUCGCCGUCGAGACCGCCAUCACCGACCUGAUCAACGCCCAGCGCAACAACGCCACCAAGGCCGGCAAGGAGGCCGAGGCUAAGAAGUGGAACGGUGCCCUCCUCCGGUACUUCAACCCCGCCGGUGCUCACCCCAGUGGCAUCAUGGGUGAGGACCCCCAGGGUGUCCCCUACAACCUGCUUCCUCUCCUUGCCCAGGUGGCCACUGGCAAGCGCGAGAAGCUGCUCGUCUUCGGCGACGACUACGCCUCCCACGAUGGAACCGCCAUCCGUGACUACAUCCACAUCCUCGACCUGGCCGACGGCCACUUGAAGGCCCUCAACUACCUCCGCGCCAACAACCCCGGUGUCCGGGCCUGGAACUUGGGUACCGGCAAGGGCAGCACGGUCUACGAGAUGAUCCGUGCCUUCUCCGCCGCCGUCGGCCGCGACCUCCCCUACGAGGUCGCUCCUCGCCGGGCCGGUGACGUCCUGAACCUCACCUCCAACCCCAGCCGGGCCAUCUCGGAGCUGGGCUGGAAGGCCGAGCACACCCUCGAGCAGGCCUGCGAGGAUCUCUGGCUCUGGACCCGCAACAACCCCGAGGGUUACCGGCAACAGCCCCCCGCCGAGCUCCUCGAGAAGCUCAAGAACUAAAUCUGAUCGUAAAUGAUACCUACCUUACCUUACCUACUGUUGAUUUAAUUAGCAUGUCUUUGGCGACGGCGGAAGAACCAAAAUCGCAUCAAUAGAUUUGAUCUGAAUGAGACGAAUUUCCUUUCUUGAAUAUGUGCCUGGUGUAAUUCCACGUGCUGUGUUUCUGUGCUUUUGUUUCUUGAGUGGAUAGAUGAGGUGUCUCGAAAUAGUAAUUGGAUUUACCGGAACUCCAGAACCAUGCAUGUA